AUGCAAAAGAAGAUUACUUUAACAAGAAAGUACACCCAACGAGCCAAUAUAAAUCAGAAGAGGUCUGUUGAGAAGCCGAGUAGGGCCCAGAAAUCUGGAACGAAGGAAGAAAGUAAAGAAAAGCAAACAACAGAAAUUGGAGUCCAGAUAGCCGUAGCCGAACCAACAACACAGAAGUUCCGAACCAAAAGAAAAACCACCAUAAAUCCAAAGGGAGCCAAGAUAAAGGAAUCCGAAUGGCAUGACUAA